CGCAAAUGUCGCCUUUGUUGACGGUACGGAAUUGAUCAGAACUGAAUUUGUCUGCUCACAGUGACUUUUAAGACGGGUCAUAGUUAGUGUUUUAAGGUGGUGGCUGUCGAAUAGACGAUACUGUGAACGAUGACAAUGGGAGAUGAGACACCAGUAACAUCACUUGUUCUUCCAGUUUUAAUACGACCCAUUUUAUCACAGUUGGAAAGACGUGAUGUUGCUGCUUCACAAACCCUUCGGGCUGCCCUUUCAAAAGUUGAAGCUGCACAUCCUGGAUUCACAUAUGACUUGGUGGUUGGUAUCAUGAGACGUGGAGACCUCAGUAUCAAUAUGAAUGAGAGUGUCCUGAGGCUACAGGGCACUACCUCUGAAUCAGAUGUGGUGGAGUAUCGGUUGAGUAGGUCAGAAGAUGCAUUUCAAGAGUUAAACAGAAAGUCAUCUGCACUGAAGAGGAUUUUGAGCAGGAUUCCAGAUGAAAUAAUCGAUCGAAAAACAUUCCUAGAAACAAUAAAAGAGAUAGCUAGUGCAAUUAAGAAAUUGCUAGAUGCUGUGAAUGAGGUGGCAGGCUUCAUCCCUGGAACCACUGGUAAGCAGGCUCUGGAGCAGCGGAAGCGUGAGUUUGUCAAGUUCUCCAAGCGCUUCAGCAACACACUGAAGGAGUACUUCAAAGAGGGACAAGCAAAUGCUGUUUUUGUAAGUGCCCUGUACCUGAUUCACCAGACUAACAUGAUAAUGGUUACAGUGAAGAGUAAAUGUGAGUGAUGGGAGAUGCAAAAUGGGAGUGGGACUAGAUUAUAUAUUGUACAUUAAUAAAUAUUUUAUUGAACUGAUCACACAGAUUUAUGUAUGUGUUAUAUUGCAGUUAUUCUGAAUAAGAAAAUGAGCAGUAAAGUUUAACAUUGAAAUCACAGUUGAGCUACAGGUGAUUGUAGCAAACUUCCAGGACUGUGGAGUAGUAAUCGUUUGUUUCCAGUGUAAUGUACAAAGGUAUAAUUCAUUCUUAUUAGUUGUUAGUGAAUAAAAUUGCAAACUCUCAGGUUAACAAUAUCUGAAUAAUGUAUAUGGAAUAGGCAAAAGCCAGUGGAUCUGGUACAUAUGUAAGAAAGAGAAGCUGUAUUAAAAGAAACUCAUUAAUCAAAGCAAGGAGAAGAAAUCACUUACCAGGAUGAAAGUGUGUUGUGGGUUGAAGGAGGGUUAUUAUUCUGGUAAUUGAAUAUUUUCUCUACCUUACUGUGUAAAAAUACAUAAAUAAAAAAAAGUAUUUUGCUUCA